CUAAUGUACAAUUAUAAGUUUGUUGUUGCCACUACAUUGGUGGCAAUGAUUGCGAUGAUGAGCAUUGCUUCAGUCAGUGGUGGUGCUGCUGGCCCAGCCCCAAGCGCACUUGAGGACUUUAUCUACGCCCCCGACUCGGGCUACUCAUACUCCCUCCAUCACUCUGUUCAAGGCAACGGCUACACACAAUACACGCUGAACCUGACCUCGGGCAACUGGCUCGAUGCCAACCGCACCAGCAACCCAGUCUGGUGGCACUUGCUCCAGGUCUGCAUCCCAGACUACCCACUCGCCACCAACACUGCCUUCCUCUGGAAUGAGGGCGGCUACUUCACCACAUCGACAAACGUGUCGCUCAGCCCACUCAUCGCCAGCAUGUGCGCCAACUCCAAUACUGUGGUCGCGUCGCUGCUGCAGAACCCCAACCAGUACAUUGUGUUCAAUAACAAUGGCACACCAAAGAACGUGAGCGAGGACGGUAUCCUGGCCUACUCGUGGCGCCAGUUCAUCGCCAACAACACCGAUCCAUCGCAGCUCGCCAACUUCCCAAUGGCUCGCGCCGUCGUCCGUGCUAUGGACGCCGUGCAGUCGUUCGUCGCUCAGCGCUCAUACUACAUCCGCGUCAAGAACUUUGUCAUCUCGGGUGCCAGCAAGCGUGGAUGGGCCGCCUGGCUCGCCGCCGCCGUCGACGACCGUGUCAAGGCCGUCAUCCCCGUCGUCAUGCCAAUCGGUGCGCUCGAGCAGCAGAUGAACAACCACUUCCGCGCCUACGGUGGGUUUCUCCUACGCCUUUGGCAACUACUACUCCGAGGGCCUCAUGGUCAACGUCAACCAGCCCGGCUUCUCCUACCUGGCCAAGCAGCUCGACCCAUUGAUGUACGUGUCCGGCCUCACCAUGCCCAAGUACAUCGUCACCGCCGUCUCGGACCAGUUCUUCAUCCCCGACUCUAG